AUGGCACCUGGCAUAGAUAGAUUUAGCUUAUUACCUCACUCUCUACUUUCCACAAUUGUUUCCUUAAUACCUUUUAAGGAAACGGUAAGAACCUCAAUCCUCUCUAAAAGUUGGAUAGAUAUUUUCAAGUCUACGUCCAACAUAGAAUUUGAUGAACUAGCUUUUGUGAAAGAUGAUCAAACUUAUCGAAUUAGACAAGCUCAAAGAAAGAUUUUUAUGGAGUUUGUGAUACUUUGGAUUGCUAAUCAUACAGGAACUAUCGUGGAUAAGUUCUCUUUGAGAUUAUCAAUGCCUGGAAAAGCUAAGAAGUUUGUGAGGAAAUGUAUUUCCUUCGCCACAAAACACGAGGUGAAGGAGUUGGAGCUGGACUUUUGUGAUCCAACGUUGGAUUAUUAUUUUACCACUAAUUAUAUUAAUCAGGAGGCCUUGUUUGAAUUGCCAGCACAUGUUUAUGGUCAUACUUGCCUCGAAUCUUUGACAUUGUUUUCAUGUAGCUUUCUUGAGGCUGAAUUGCUUAACUUUCAUGCACUCAAAGAAAUUUCUUUGGGUUGGAUGGAAGUGAAACUCAAUACUAUUAAGACAUUGUUGUCAAAUUGCGAGGCGCUUGAGAGUUUAAGUCUCAAGAGGUGUUGGAAUUCAGAUGACUUUGAUUUAGGGGAGGAACACCUAAAGUUGAGAAAGUUGGUCGUGGACAGAUGCAUGUUUAGAUCUAAUAGUACUUAUUUUACAGUCAAUGCUCCAAACUUAAGAUAUUUCUAUUAUUCGGGGUUGAAUAAUAACUUUUUGAUCAUAGACGUACGUUCCCUUAUGAUGGAAGAAGUCGUUCUUGACUUUUGCAUUGAGUUUGAAGGACAUGCUCUUUUUCUCUACAAGUUGGUUGAAAAUAUCUCCGGUGUUAGUGAUUUAUGUAAGACCCAAGAUUAUGAGUUAUCAGACAACUUUAAUCCUGAGAGGUUUUGGACUGAUCAUGCACAGGCUUAUACAUGCAUGCUAUAUACUCUUAGAGAAGUUGAAAUUAAGGGCUUUAAAGGAUCAAUGAAUGAGAUUCAUGUGCUUACCUACUUCAUUACUAUUGGGAAAGUCUUGAGGAAGGUGACUAUCAAUGUAUUGAAGGAUGAUGUUGCAGAUCAAGAUGAGAGGUUGGAUUAUUACCACUGUGACUUGAAAGAAAAGUUAAUGAGUCAAAGGCCUUCAAGAGAUCUUGAGAUUUCAAUUUGUUAA